AUGUCUUCCUCAAGUUCCUCUGGUUUUGAUAGGUUCAUGACAAUAUUUUCUCCAGAAGGAAGGCUAUUUCAAGCGAUCAGCUUGGAUGGUUUGACUUCCGUCGGUGUCCGUGGGGACGACUGCGCUGUGGUCGCUUGCCAAUGCAAAUUGCCAGACAAGCUUGUCGACAGAAGGUCAAUUACUCGUCUUUUCCGGUUAACCGAUUCAACAGGCUGCGCCAUGACUGGAAUGCUUCCAGACUGCAGAGCACAAGUUCAGCGGGCUCGUUAUGAAGCAGCUAAUUUUAAAUAUAAGUUUGGUUACGAAGUGCCUUGUGAUACCUUAAUUCAUCGAAUUGGCGAAAUAAACCAGGUUUACACUCAAUCUGCCGAAAUGAGGCCUCUUGGUUGUGCUAUGAUAGCUAUUUCAUAUGAUGAUGAAUUGGGGAAGCCGCAACUCUAUAAAACAGAUCCCAGUGGCUUUGUUGCGGGCCAUCGGGCAGUAGCUGUGGGAACGAAGCAGAUGGAGGCUAAAAAUUACCUUGAAAAGGAGCUUAAAAAGAAAGGCACGCUUACCCUAGAUGAUUCGAUAAUAAUUGCAAUCGGAUCUCUGUCUCGUGCUUUGGCUAUGGAUUUUAAACCGGUUGAGCUAGACAUAGGAGUCGUGUCCAAAACAAAUCCUGCGUUCAGGUUUGCUUACACUUAUCAUGUCCUUAUUCAUGUUUUCCCACAAGUUCUCAGCAUCAAAUUAAUAUUUUCCAUCCUAGCUUUAACUCCAAUUCUUAAUUCAUUUUUAGAGUACUAA